GAACCCAGGGUCAGAGUAUUUCCGGUAGGGAUAUUAUAUAUAUAUAAGUCCGGCACGGAUUUACAGCAACAGUCAACCGCAGGAUUUCCGAGUACAGCGAACGCAACUGGCAGUCCUUCCGUCGUGACGCCGGCUCACCACAGUAGAGGGAGCACUUAUUCCUUCCCAGAGAGACCACAAGAACCGCAUAAGACACUUCGGUCGGACUCCAGCUAGCUUUCUAUCGUAGAACGUGAUUGGAAUUCAACUGAUUGUGUGAACUCUGGGGGAACCUGCAAAAUCUGCCAGUGGGCCGUCGCAACUUCAACCCACUGACUCUGAGGAAAGCAUCCUGACCUCUUCUGUAGCUGUGGAGGCCCAUGAACAAAGAGCACAACGCCCAACAUGACAAACAUCUGGAAGCUUUCCUUUGUUCUACUGACCAUACAGACAACACUCGGAGUGAGGCUACGUUACGAGUUCGCCCAUCACCGAUAUGGUGAUCUGCAGAGAAUCCUCGCGGAGACGCACGCGGCGUGCCCGGACAUCAGCAGGGUGUACAACAUCGGGCGGAGUGUGCAGGGCAGGAACCUCACAGUCAUCGUGUUCUCUGACAACCCGGAUAUCCACGAGCCAGGGGAGCCUGAGGUGAAGUACGUGGCCAACAUGCACGGGAACGAGGUGACCGGUCGGGAGAUGUUACUCCUCUUCAUGCAGUAUCUCUGUAACAGCUAUAACAGCGUCAGACGGGUGAAGCGGCUGAUAAAAACCACCAGGAUCCACAUCCUCGCCUCCAUGAACCCUGACGGAUACGAAAUCGCAGCACGGCGGGGCCCGGAUAACAGCUGGAUGAGUGGCCGGGAGAACGUCCAGGGCAUUGACCUCAACAGAAACUUCCCAGCGCUCAACACCAUCGCCUACCGCAGUGACCAACAUGGCGGUCCGACUCACCACAUUCCUAUUCCAGACAGUUACUGGAAAGGGAAUGUCGCACCUGAAACGGAGGCUGUCAUCAAAUGGAUAAAGCGGCAUCCGUUCGUCCUAAGUGCCAAUUUACACGACGGAGCGUUGUUAGCAAACUACCCUUACGACCAAUCUAAAGACGGCUCAUGGCAAAGCUACGCACGUUCCCCCGAUGAUGCCAUCUUCCGCCAGCUUGCCUCUGCCUACGCUGAUGCUCACAGGACCAUGGCUGACUCAGGCUGUGACUCCGGCUCGGAUUUCAGCAGCCAGGGCGGCAUCACAAACGGAGCCGCUUGGUACACCACCACCGGAGGAAUGCAAGAUUUUAACUACCUUCACACCAACUGUUUUGACAUCACUCUGGAACUGUCGUGCGACAAAUUCCCGAAGGCAAACGUUCUUCCGACGGAGUGGAGAAACAACAGGAAGGCGCUGCUUUCUUACAUCGACCAGGCUCACAAAGGCAUAAGAGGCUUCGUGUUGGAUCGUGAUCUAAAUCCUAUCGAGGGAGCGGUCAUUCACGUACACGGGAUUAAUCAUGACGUCACAACAGCAAAAGACGGUGAUUACUGGAGAAUGCUAGUCCCUGGUACCUACACAGUCACUGCUUCUUACAACGGCAUCACCAGGAGCAAACAAGUGACAGUCUUCAAUGGAAGGGCACGGAUCCUGAACUUUAACCUUGAUGUCUAGAGAAAAAGGCAUGGUGUCCUAAAGCUCUACAUUCGUACGGGGUUAUGUUCUAACACCCCUAUGUUCUGAUAGGUUCGGGCUGUCUCUAGGGCUUAACGAACGUAGUUGUGUAGGGAUGUUGUAACAUACUCUCAAAGCAAAGACUAGGUUUGUUUUGGGCGCUUUUUAGACAGUUCUAACAUAUGAGAAGUCUAAACUAUUCAGACAUACAUGACAUUGUACAAACAAAACGACCUGUGCCUGCUCAGAAUCCAAUUUAACCAUUCUUGUGAAGGCACAGAUUUAAGGACAGACACAGACAGGUUUUAGGUUAAAAUAAUUCACUAUGUGUAACAUAAUAUGUACACUUGUACAGUAAUGCAAUGUAGCUUUCAGGCACCAUAUGUUUAGGUCUUAAAAUGUCUGAAAUUGUAUUCCAAAAUGUUUCAACUUCUCAACAGCUUGAUAUGUGUCCAGUCCAGAAUGUCACAUUUGACAAAAAAAUCAAACGGGUGAAUCUAAGAACCAAGGAAUUGAAGUGGCCAAACUGACAAUAAAAUCAGACAUGACAGA